GCGAUGCCCGACGCGGUGCUGGUGAUGGGCGUGAGCGGCGCGGGAAAGAUGAACAGAGCAGCUGGAAUCCCUGUCCCCGAAGAGUUAACGUUCCUGUGUGGCAGGCAGAGAAUACAGAACAGAUACACGCACAGUGCGUCUGCUGCUGACAGGUCGACCGUGGGUGCCAUGCUGGCCUCCGAGCUGGGCUGGAAAUUCUAUGAUGCAGAUGACUACCACCCGGAGGAGAACCGAAUGAAGAUGAGAAACGGGGUCCCGCUGAGUGACCAGGACAGGAUCCCAUGGCUCUGCAACCUGCAUGACAUUUUGCUAAGAGAUACAGCCUCAGGACAGCGUGUAGUUCUAGCCUGCUCAGCCCUGAAGAAAAUGUACAGAGACAUCCUAAUAAGAGGAAAAGAUAGCGCACCUCUGAAAUGCGAGGAGUCCAAGGAAGAGAAGCUGGGCGAGGUGCAGCUCUUGGUGGUCCAUCUGAGCGGCUCAUUCAAGGUCAUCUCUGGACGCUUACUCCAAAGGAAAGGACAUUUCAUGCCCCCUGAGUUAUUGCAGUCCCAGUUCGAGACUCUGGAGCCCCCGACAGCUCCAGAAAACUUCAUCCAAAUCAGUGUGGACAAAACGCUUUCAGAGAUCGUUACUAGAGUUACGGAAACUCUGAAAAUGAAGUGAGACUCAUUUGCUGUCAGUGGUCCAGAACAGAAGCAGGUGUGGCGCUCUAUCCCAUUCCAAAUCGUGCCCAAGUCUCCUUGCCCUCGUGUUCUAAAUUCUUAAAGUGCAAACCACAGUGCAUUAAGAUACACUUGCCUAAUUGCAUUCGUAGGGAUUUGUGAUGUAGCUGGCAUGGUGGGGAGGAAAGGGAAGGAAAAUGAAACCCUGAAAUUUAAGCUGAAAUCCAUGUGAUGCAAUUAAAAGUUAUUACAGGAAAUUGAUAAUCCAUGCUGGUAGUCACUACCUUGUUUGGAACAUUCUCUUUCGUGACUGUAUGUUUAUAAUAAAUGAAACUUGGCUGUC